CCACCCCCUCCUCCUCGAAAGACAAACAUGCCUCAGUGAUCUCACCUGAGACAGGUAAGCAGGGGUCAACCACCUCCAGUGGCGUUACAAUGGAAACAAGGAAGGGAGUAGAAGAAGCCCAGGAGGACCAAGACACACCUGUACAUGCCAUCUUAGCGGCUGGGGAAGGGGACAUGGACAUACACAUGCUCAAAAACACUAGCCAGUGCCGGCUGGAGAGGCGCACAGAGAGCGCAGAGUCCAAACGGCUGAGCAUAAAGGUAUCACACAGUGAGGUGAAGUUUUUUGCGAAGAAAGUGAUGGUGAACCCAGAGAAGGAUACAGAGGAUAAGGAUACGGAUAAGGGAAAGGUGAAGCCCGAGGUGAAAAAGAGACCACCUGAUCUGAAGAAAGUGGACGAUGAACCCAAGACCACUCAGCCUAUCGUGCGGAUCGCAGAUAGGAUCAGCCUGUUCGAGGGAAGAGCGACAGGGGUUGCCAGUCCCAGUAAGUCCAACCCCAGAAGUGCAGACGUCAUAGAGCGGCCAAGAACAGAUGUAAACAAAGAGCUCGGGUUGCCAGAUCAGCGGGCGAAAUUGGUGGAACGUGGCAACGCCAGUUCCAGCUCGACCCCCCCUGUUCCAGAGAAAUUAACGACGGUCCAGGAGUGGGCAAGGAAUUUUGCAGAGGCUCAAAACAUGGAGGAUAAAACAAAGCUGACUCACAAGUCCUCUGGUAUGGCUGGAAUGUCCCAAAAUGCUACCGCUUCUCCCACUUAUGCUGUGUCAAAGACAACUAAACAGGACAUUCAGGGAAAACUGGCCAGCGCAGAAAAGACUCCUAAUCGGACCUCCCCGAAGAAAGAGAUAACAUCAAAACCAGCAGAGCCAGAUACCACCACAGUAUCCGUCAUACCAGUUCCUAAAGCAGAUCAGACAGACUCUAAACCAAAGGACAAAGAGGCUACUAAAACAGUGGAGCUACUAAACAGACCUACCAAUAUUGAACUAAAUUAUUUAAGCCAGCUGACCCCUCAGGUGGACUCAACCAAUAACGUCAGCCUCCAGCCCAAAGUCCACGGCAAACAAAACUCCAGGUCCAAGAGACAGAAAAGCAAAGGAGGGGAGGCAGCCAAUCCCCUGAGGCCGAGCAUCGACAUCAAACAGGAAGUGUCAAACACUGAACAGGAAGUGGUCAACAGCAAACAGGAAGAGGCAGGCACCACAAAGAAAAUGGCCACUGCCUCUGAGCAGGAAAUUAAGACAGUCACAUCGCCACAAUCUAGACAAUCUGUAGGUGUUAAGUCAGAUGUUGAAAAACAAUCUGUCAGUCAAAACAGCCAGCAAACAGACAGUAAAACUGAAGGUAAACAAGAAGAGACAGGCACAAAAAAUAAAAUGUCUGCUGCAUCUGAGCAGGAAGUGAAGAUAGUCACAUCGCCACAAUCUAGUCAAUCUGUAGAUGUUAAAUUAGAUUUUAAAAAAGAGUCAGUUAGAGAAAACAGCCAUCAAGCAGUCAGUAAAAAGCCAGCGACCUCAAACGAGUUGAUAGUGUCAUUGUCAGUUGAAAAAGGCGAUUCUAACAAACUGUUAAAGGAAAAGACAGAAUCACUCACACCUCCAAAUGUCAACAAAGACAAUAAAAUGGCUACCUCUGAUCCUAUCAGUGUAAGAAAAGAGCCCAAUAUUAAAACUGUAGACAUUCUACCCUCACAGAGUUCUAAGGGAGAGAAGGCAGAGGGGGGAAGCUCUGGGGAGACCUCUACGGUUAAGACAAAUCAAAAUGUUCCCAAGGAAAAUAACAAAACCUCUCUGCCCUCACAUUUGCCUAAGAAAGAACAGCCUCCUGUUCCAUACCCCACUCCUGUGGAGCAAGGCUCACCUGUCCCACACACUCAAGUCGACAACAAACCAAAGCAGCCUGAAAAGAAAGCAGCAGAAAUGGCAAAGCAGCUUAAUAAAAAGACAGAUACAAAGACAGAUUUGCCUUCAGGCACUAGACAUGACACCCCGGAGACAGCCGCUAGCAAUGUUAAGAGCAAAGAGGACACCAAGCUCAUUACAGAGCUAGUCACAUCCAAAUCAGUGUUGAAACAGACAGAUCCAGCUGUCCAACCCUCUGUAACUCCUAUUAAACCUCCAGCCUCACUACAGGCUCCCACACAGCCCGUCAGCCAGACCUCUUUUCAGUCAGAUAAAACUGUCGGUAGUGUAGUCACCCAAAUUGAUAAGUCAGCAAAGGGAAAGGACAAUGAUAAAUGUGUAGUCGAGCCUCCUAAGGAAGGGUCAUCUACACAUGUGCCUGAGCAGAAAACUAAAUCUAACCAUCAGGACCCUGUAUUAAAAAAGCAGCAAACCAAGGCCUCAAAGCAACCACAGUCCGUAAAGUCAUCUGAGGCUAAAACAGAUAAACCUAGCAAUGACACACCGACACAGGGAGUGAGCCUUACCCCAGAACUGACCCCCUCGAAGCCUAGUAUUACAGUGCCAGUAGCAGGGAAGGACCCCACUGUAAAAGCAGAAACCAAUGCUUCAAAACCUUCAUUGGGUUCUACCCAGAAGUUUUCGGACACCAAAGCCUCAGGACAGACAAGGGGUCAGAGGGAGAAAGAACCUCUGGUCCAAGUGAAGAGGCCUUUACCGGCACCAAACACAAAGAGCAGUGAGGGUCUAGGGCUGGAUGUUGGGAAGGAGAGCUCCACUGUAAAGACUAUAGCCCCAGAGGUAAAAAAAUCUGAGGAUGUGAAGGAGAGGAAAGCUCUGCCAAGCCAAUCACAGAGUGAGGACAGAGAAAAUACAGUGACAUUGCCCUAUGGAAAGUUGGCAGAGGGUAUAGGGGAGGCACCACAGCAAAAGUCAUCUACUACUACUACUGUGGUAGAAAGGUCAGCUGGUGACAAGCCAGAAAUUGUGGUAACAAAGCCUCCUCCUGUUGUGAAUGAUGAGAUCCGCCCGGUAACACAGCCCCAGACAGCCACUGAGAAAGGAACCUUUCCCCCCAGUCCAGACAAAGCUCAGAAGAUACCCUCUUCUACUGAAACCACUAAACAGAGCCUAGUCUAUCCCCAGCAUCCAUCCCUGAAUAAGCUUGCCUUACUGGGAGGCGGUGGCGGUGGCUUGUCCCCCCAACGGGACACACCUUCCAGCUGGCUAGAUGUGGACCAUCGCUUCCCCAAGCCGAAGCUCCUCCGCCCCCCCGAACCCAAGCUCAGCUCGUCGGUCAGCGAGAGCGACCUCUUGGACAAUUCCGGAGAACUGGACGACGACGACUUCAUCGAAAACAUCAAACGCCUUGGUGUGCCUUUCUCGUUGCCACCACGGAAGAACCACCACCACCAUCAUCCCAAGCCACCCUUCACUAUGCCAGCCAUCCGGGAGGACCGCUUUGAGAAGCCCUUUGACCCUGACGAGUUCCAGUUCAGCCUGAGGAGGAAGAGGGAGUUCUCUGUGGAGACGAGCCAGAGUCUUCUGGCUAGUCUCCAGAGAAGUGAGGUCAAAGGGGAGCUAAAGCCGGCCAGGGCCAGCAUCACGGACCUGGACAGGGGCAGCAUGCUGCUCAAGAGCCUUGACACCCAUUCCAGGCUCCUCUUGGAGAGGGAGAAGACCACCAUGGCAGAGGGCGAGGAGGAGGAGAAGAAAGAGGAGCAGGGGAAGGUGGUGAAACCUCUUAUGUCACGCUUGGAGGGGAGCUGUAUUCUCAGUACCCUGAUCAGCUCCUCCACCCGGGGCAAGAGGCCCGGAGCCCAACCCCAGAAGGACAUCACUCCAGGUGGGGUGAUGUCGCCCACAGAGGCCCCUCACCUCCAACCCAGCCUUUCACCAGUCACUAAGCCACCCCAGACUACCCCCACUUCCUCUGGGGAGGCUACCAUCCAGAGUCCUCCUAACCUGGGGAACAGACCCACUACCCAUGCUGCUGUGGUCAGUGACUCAGGUCCUCCUCUCCCCUCCUUUUCUCCACUCCCCUCCUUUAAUGACAUCAAGCUGCCGGAUUAUUUAGAGAAGUACCUUUCUCCCCGGGAGCCUGCUGCAAGAUUAGAGAUGAGCAUAGGGCAGGAAUCGCUCAACUCUGAGGGAGGGAUGAAGCCACUUGGAGGAAGUGGUGGUGGAGGCUUGAAUAUCAGGCCUGGACUAAUAACGCUGGAUGGAAGACCUAUGAGUCUUUCUCUGGUUCCUCCAUCCUCACUACCCGAGGUCCAGCCCCCUCUGGCUGGCCCAAUAGGGACUUGUGCUGACCAUAGAGAGGCUAUAAUCGGAUUCCACAGACGCCCAGGAAAGAUGGUGUUGUUUGAGAAUGCCCAGUUUAGCGGCCAGACCUAUGAAGUCUUCAGAGACGUGGUCGAUGCCACCCAGCUCCAACUGUCUCCUAUGAUUUAUGUGAAGGUGGUGAGAGGAUGCUGGGUGCUUUACGAGAGGCCUGGGUUCGAGGGGCGUUUGAUUGCUCUAGAGGAGGGGCCUAUUGAGCUGACCAAUGUCUGGGCAGAUGCAGGGCCACCAGGUUCACACCCCCACGUCGACCCACCAAUUGUCAUCGGCUCCAUCCGACUGGCAGUAUGGGACUACAGCAUCCCCCAUAUUGACCUGUUCACUGAACCAGAGGGUCACGGAAGGCUAGCACAAUACCAUGACGAAACAGUAGAGAUCGGCUCCUUCGGUAUCCCACAGAACACAGCUUCCAUCAAAGUCCACUCUGGGGUGUGGUUAAUGUUCAGUGACCCAGGGUUCCAGGGCCUCCUUGCGGUGUUGGAGAAGGGAGAGUACCCCUGUCCCGAGGCCUGGGGGUUCCCCACACCCUUCAUCGGAUCCCUCAGACCUCUCAAAAUGGGUGGCUUUAAGGUGGAGAAUCCUAAUGAAGUCAAGGCUGUGGUGUAUGAGCAGCCUGGCUUCGAGGGAUUCUGUCUAGAGAUCGAUGGGGACGUGUUCUGUUUUGGAGAUGGAGGAGACGGAGAGGGAGAGGCAUCGAACCUGGAUUCAAACAGACUGAAGUCAGUGGGCUCUGUGAAGAUCCUUGGAGGACUCUGGGUGGGGUAUGACCAGCCAGGGUUUGAGGGUCACCAGCAUGUCCUAGAGGAGGGAGAGUACCUGGACUGGAGGGAUUGGGGAGGAGGGACUGAUCAGCUGCUGUCCAUACGUCCUGUACUGGCUGAUUUCAUGUCCCCGCACAUCAAAAUGUUCAGCGAGAGAGACUUUGGCGAGUUGGGCGGUAACAUCGACCUCAUAGAACCUAUCAUCAAUAUGGAGGAGAUUGGCUACGGGCUGAAGACGCAGUCUCUCCACGUUAUGGGCGGAGUGUGGGUGGUGUUCGAGGAGGCAGGGUUCUCUGGAAAGGUGUAUGUGUUGGAGAAAGGCCUCUACGGAAGCCCGGAGGACUGGGGGGCCCUUAGCUCCAAAAUCAGCUCCAUCAUGCCCGUCAUUCUGGAUAAUCUGGGAAAAUCAGCCAAUUUUAAGAUACAGUUGUUCUCGGAGCCUGGGUUCCAGGGUUCUGUCCAGGUUCUAGAGGACAGUGUUCCUGCCCUGCCACACGGGUUCUCCCUGGGUUCCUGCAGGGUGCUGGCUGGCAGCUGGCUGGCGUUCGAGGGCCAGCGCUUCACUGAGAGGAAGUAUGUGUUAGAGGAGGGGGACUACCCUGAUCUGAGGGCCAUGGGGUGUGUGGGGCCCAACUCCUCUGUCCUGUCCAUGCAGACCACUGGCUUUGAGUUUUCUCUGCCCUCGGUCACCCUGUUUGAGAGGUCAGGUCUGCGGGGAAAGAGGGUGGUUCUGUCCGCCGGCUCGAUCAACCUGCAGCUGGCCGGAGGCUGCAGCCGGGUCCAGUCUGUCCUGGUGGAGGGAGGGAUGUGGAUGCUGUAUGAGGGGAUCAACUACCGUGGUGCUCAGAUUCUGCUGAAGCCCGGCGAGGUGCCUGAUUGGCGCACGUUCAGUAGCUGGCAGCGAAUCGGAUCCCUGCGCCCACUGAUCCAGCGACGGGUGCACUUCCGGUUGAGGAGCCAGGAGGCGGGCCUUUUGAUGUCCGUCACCGGGGAUAUGGACGACGUCAAGCUGAUGCGUAUCCAGGCAACGGAGGAGACGGGCGGAGUCGAACAGAUCUGGUUCUAUCAGGAUGGACAUCUCCACUGCAAGAUGCUUGAGUAUUGCUGUGUGGUUCCAUGCAGUAGCGUGGCCAUGGCAGGCAGUCGCAUGGGCGUGUCCCCUGAGCCUGCCAAACAACAUUCCUGCUGGAACAUCACUCCUGACGGCCUCAUCCGCUAUACCGCCACACCCAACCUGCUCCUGGAGGUCAAAGGUGGACAAAACUACGACAAAAAACAGGUGAUUCUCAACAUGUUUGAUCCAAACAAACCCAACCAAAGAUGGACAGUGGAGAUUCUCUGAGGUCUUGUUGUGAGAGGGCAAAACUGGGUGAAGUCACUGAGGCGCAGCUCGCCAAGGGGCCUCAAUGCUCUGUGGCGCAGCUGCAGCGUUGUCCCCAUUCAGGCCUCAAGGACAAGAUGCCUAUGGAACAGAACAUUUGCUGGUGGAAGAGGAGCUCAUAUACAGUAUACUAUUUCCUUUGAGGUCAACACGGAAAAUAUAUCGAUCUUCCAGGGAAAUCUAUAAUGUUGUAUUACUUCUUCACGGACAAACAAGGACAAAGCAAUAUUAUUCAUUACUCCAUUACGAGAAAGUGGACUCAGAAGAGUAAACUUGAAAUAUUUUCCCUAUCCAUUAAUGUUAUCUGAUAACAUAUCAUGAGGUUGACAUUGUAAAACAUUUUAUGAAUAUAUGAAUUUGUUGGACAUUUUAUUACAGCCUGUUUGUGAAUAAAUAUAAUGUAAUGUAA